AAGGGGGAGAGAGAGAGAGAGAGCAGCAAUAAACCCAGAAGAAACCCUUGGACAACCUCCCUGCGAGAGCGAAGAACACUAUCAAUCAAUCAACCUUGUAUACACUCUUCCAGAAUCGACAUCUUCUCAUCGAACUCUCGGAAAAAAAUGUCAGAACUGUGUCCCGAAGAUGCUAAGCUUAUCGAGAAGCUUUAUGAGUUUGACGAGCGCUUAAGCCAGUCUACGGACAAGUCUCAGAAUGUUCAAGACUAUGAAGGGAUUAUUGAAUUGUCUAAGACGAACAUCAAGAUCAAGCAGCUUGGAGCGCAGCUCAUUCCACGCUACUUUAAGUUCUUUACUAGUCUCGCAACAGAAGCUUUUGAUGCCUACAUGGAUAUUAUCGACGAAGUGGAAGUUGGGGUACGUGUUCAAGCCAUCCGCGGGCUUCCAUUGUUCUGCAAGGAUACACCUGAGUUUAUAUCUAAGAUAAUCGAUGUUCUUGUACAGUGUCUAAAUACUGAGGAAUUGGUGGAGCGUGAUGCUGUGCACAAGGCUUUCAUGUCAUUAUUUCGGCAGGAUAAAAAGGCAUCUUUGACUGCAUUGUUUAAGCAUACCGAGGCCAGUCUUAGUACUGAUGAGCAAAUCCGUGAAAAGGUCUUACACUUUCUCAGAGAUAAGGUUUUCCCUCUUAAAGGAGAAUUGUUAAAGCCUCAAGAGGAAAUGGAAAGACAUAUAACUGAUUUAAUCAAAAAGAGCCUUGGGGAUGUAACUGGAGAAGAAUUCAAUAUGUUUAUGGAUUUCUUGACAAGCUUGAGUAUAUUUGGAGGGAAAGCUCCUCAAGAAAGAAUGCAAGAGCUUGUAGAAGUUAUUGAAGGACAGGCCGAUUUGGAUUCACAGUUUAAUGUUUCAGAUACAGAUCAUAUUGAUAGGUUUAUAUCAUGCCUGCAAACGGCUCUUCCUUUCUUUGUGAGAGGUGCCCCAGGUACCAAGUUUCUUAACUACUUGAACAUGAAUAUCAUGCCUGCUUUUGACAAGCUGCCAGAAGAGAGGAAGCUUAAUUUGCUCAGAGCUCUUGCUGAGAUGUCACCAUACACAACAGCUCAGGUAGCACGUCAGAUACUGCCCUCAAUAGUUCAGCUCUUAAAGAAAUAUAUGACUGCCAGGAAAACUGGUGAAGAAAUGAACUUCACAUAUGUGGAGUGCCUAUUAUACGUACUUCAUCACUUAGCGCACAAGGCUCCAAAUGCAACAAACAGUUUGUGCGGGUACAAGAUAGUGACCGGACAGCCAUCAGAUAGACUUGGGGAGGACUUUUCCGAGUUUCACAAGGAAUUCACUGAGAGAUUGACCAGUGUUGAGGAUCUAACCAAGGCAACGAUGAAGAAACUGACUCAAGGAAUGUCUGAGCACAACAAAGCCAUGUCAGCUGCUAAGACAGAUGAAGAGAAGUCAAUCGUGAAAACAAAGAAGCAAAAUAUAACAACUGGACUCAGGACCUGCAAUAACAUAUUGGCAAUGACAAAGGUGUUACAUGCAAAAGCGCCUUCCUUCAUUGGAGACACUAGUAUUACCCUUUCGUGGAAAGAAGCCACUAAGCCGUUAGCCUCAACGACACCAACUGGAGGGAAACGGCCUGCAAAUGGAGCCGUUAACAACGUGGGUGCAAAGAAGGCACGUGUGCAGAGUCAUCAGGUUGUGAACAAAGCAUCGGAGGGAAAGUCAUACGGUGGUGGUAGAGGCAGUCACGGAGGUCGAGGCCAGGGAAGACGGGGUGGUGGUGGAGGCCGUGGCCGUGGAAGAAGAGGCUACUGGUAAUAUUUUCUUAAAGGAUGGAAUCUCUUAUAACACUCUUUUUUUCACUUCCCCGGUUCUUGUAUAACAAGAGAGUAUGUUAGUCCUUUUGGCCGUAGAAAUUUUGCCUUUUUAAAAAAGGUCCUAACAUUCGACAAACAAAUUUAAUCUCUUUGAUUUUCGCUUUU